AUGAGAGCCAAGAACACCUGGGGGGGCCCCCGGGGGGUGGGGGUUUCCCGGCCCCCAGGGGGCCCCCCCAAAGGGGAAAAAGGGGCCCCGGGGAAAAAGGGAAAGCCGCCCGGGGGCCCCCCCCCCGGGGGCCCAGGGCCAAACCCCGGCCCCCGGGGCCCAGGGGGGCCCCCCCCCCCCCCUGGGCUCCGGGGGGUUCCUUUUCCCAAAGGGGGGGCCGGACCCUCCAUGUACGAGGCCAACUGUGCGCACGCCUCUCCGGGCACCCACAAGUCCCUCCGGUUUCAGCCAACUUUCCUGAAGGCCCUGGAUCGACCAAAUGGUCCCCAAAAGGAGCCUGCCCGGCCUGGCCCACCCUUAAAAGUCCCCCCUGUGUUUCCAGCGGUUCCCUGGUCAUCCCUUGCUGGUCUGCUCCGUAACUGGGUCGCGGUCCUCUCCCAUUUUCCCUGUCAUGGGCUGGCCCUGUCCCUCCCGGGCCAUCCUGCCCAGGGGACCAAGGGCCUGCCUCAAGGAUGCCUGGAUCCAGGGCCUGGAGAUUUGGGGCCCUGA